AUGAGAAUCGAUCGACUCCUUGUCCCCAGCAUGGCGGUUCUCGGCCCGCAGCAGCUGCAGGGCUCGUAUCACACCCUUUUCACCUUUGGCGAUUCAUACACAUCGACGAAAUUCGACACUUCCGGCUCCCAGCCCGCACUGGACAAUCCAAUGGGCAAUCCGGAUAUCGGCCAAGGCACCACAGCUGGCGGCAUCAACUGGGCGGGAUACCUAACAACAGUCUAUAACGACACCGUGGUGCUGAACUACAACCUUGCGGUUUUCGGCGCCACAGUGGACAAUUCAAUCUUGGACGGCGAACCAAUAGACCUAGUUGAUCAGGUUUCUCGCAAUUUCGGCGAUCAUUACUGUUCUUCGUUGUUAGAAUCGAGCCCGGGAUGGAAGUCAGAUACGGCCCUGUUUGCAAUCUGGAUUGGAAUCAAUGAAAGGGACACGCACCAAGAGUCUGUUCUGGAACUCAAUUGUCAGCUGCAGAGGGCUGUCUUGGAUUGGCGUAUGGGACAUCGUGACUCUGCUGUGACCGUUUACGAUUCAUGGUCCUUCAUGAAUGAAGUCCUCGAUCAUCCUGCAGAAUACGGGUUCCUGGACAAUAGCUGCAUGGGAACGUAUGAUCAGCUGAAAUUCGGCGGUGCGCUGUGUGCGCGCUUACUGGAGGAGGAUAAGGUGGGUGCCAAUGAUUGGAAUGCUCUCAUGGGUUUCGGGUUUUCAAACAUCGAAGCUGUUUGCAUGUACGUAUCCUUUGCUUUGACUAUCGCUGUGUCAGUUCCAAAUGAUUCAUCAACUCUACCAACGGCGCGGCUAUGCGAAGAACCUGCUUCUACACACAAGAUCUGUUGCACCUCGGUACAGGCCGACCUCGCAGAUCCUAAAAAGGGCUCAGACUUAAUCCUGCAAGCGGCAAAGAACCUGUUUGGCAGCUACACACCCGACCAAGUCUUCCAGGUUGACAUUCUGAUCAACAAUGCCGGCAUUUCCUCAAACCAACACAUGAACGAUGAACAGCACGGCCCUAUUGAUCCAACUGAGUUCGACCGUGUGUACAAAGCGAAUGUCCUGGCCCCAUUGCUUCUCACAAAAGCCGUUGCCCCAUACCUCCCGAAAGACCGUUCAGGUCGCAUCGUGACCGUCUCGAGCGUUUCCUCCUCCAUCGGGUACCAGGGCCAGUCAGUUUACGCCGGUAGCAAAGCCGCCGUGGAAGCGAUGACUCGUGUAAUGGAGUUGUGA